AUUUUUUAUUCUUCUUUUCUCCAUAUUUGUAAUUUUUGUUGUGCCAAAGAAAAAGAAGUAAUCCAGCUGUCAGGCCUCCAGUGUGGGAGAAAAGUUUUAUCGCGGUGUAUAGGCUUGAUUAACCGAUUUUGAUUUUAUCAUAUUCUAUCAUCAACAUUAUCGCUGUCAUCAUAUAUCAAUAUGUCGCAGGAUGAACCUAGCCCAGUCAAUGCCAAUGAUUUGAAAGAUCUGAAGGAUCGUAUGAAGCUUAUUGUUGAAGCUGAUCCUAAGCAAUACCACAACGAUUUUUCUUUAAAGCGUUACCUCCGAGCUUUCAAAACCGUAGAUGCUGCUUUUCAGGCUAUUCUUAAAACAAACAAAUGGCGAGAGCAAUAUGGAGUAGAGACUCUGGCAGAUUUAGACGCUAUAAAGUUACAUGGAAACAAAGCACGCGUUUUACGGCACCGAGAUUGUAUUGGACGUCCGGUAAUUUACAUUCCUGCAAAAAAUCACAACUCUAAUGACCGUGAUAUAGAUGAGUUGACAAAGUUUAUAGUUCACUGCUUAGAGGAAGCGUGUAAGAAAUGCUUUGAAGAAGUCGUGGACAGCUUGUGCAUUGUUUUCGAUUUAGCUGAAUUCAGCACUGCUUGUAUGGACUACCAGCUGGUGAAAAAUCUGAUUUGGUUGCUAAGCAAACACUAUCCCGAACGGUUGGGUGUCUGCUUGAUUAUAAACUCUCCGGGUAUAUUUUCUACCAUAUGGCCUAUUAUCAGGCAAUGGCUAGAUGAAAACACAGCAAAGAAAGUAAUUUUUGUGGAUAACGAAAUUGAUUUGUGCAAAUAUUUAAUACCGGACAUCCUGCCCACUGACAUGUAAAUCUAUUUAAAUUUCAAAAAACAAAUAUCCGGAUGCAGUCUUAGAAACAGUAUCGAAAGUACCUUCAAAAAUAUAUAUUCUAAUAGAGUAAUGGAACAAGCCCACAAAUUUUAGAUCUGGAAAAUCCAGUGUAUACAUAUUAAUAAACACACUAUAUUUGCACCGUUUGGAAGCGAAAUACUCGCUAUGAAGCAUUCUAUUUGUAUUACUAGAAAUACCCUUUAUACAUACGUAUGUAUGUAUAUUAAUAAUAUACAUACAUAUAUUACAUUAUUAUAGUGAUCUACUGUAUCUUGUGUGUAUCUGUUUUUCGCUGUUUCGUUAUGUUGUGUGAUUAAAAACAUUCUAAAUAAAGCGCGAUUGUCAUCAAA